AACCGUGAAAACAAAAUGUCAUGAUAUAAGUUGCAACCCAAUACACUAAAUAUUCCAAUGCUUUUUGUCCAAAGAGAGAACAUCUCCGGAAAACAAGUGCGUAUUACGGAUACAAUGUAUUGAAUUUUACCGUGCAGCUAACAUCCCUCGAUAGACCGGUAAUCCUCAGAACAAAAGUCUAUUGCGUUAGACUAGCGAUAAUACCAUUAAUAUAAUUGGUUUGGAUAAAAGUAAUUUCUUGGACUCUGCAAUAGUUGUAUUACAAUUAGAUAAAGCGAAAGUGUGGAAAUUGUAUUUAUGAUCAAAGAAAAGUUUUUGAAUAUGUAAUGAUCUACCAAGUAUACUUAAGUGAAAGAAUUUAAUUUUGAAGUCUUCAAGACAGCUAUGGAUAAAGUCGUAUGUUGUAUGGUGUGUUUGAUUGUAGUUCUCGUAACCGUUAGGUCAGGAGAUACAAGAAAUUACGUAUCAGUGCCGAAGUUGAACUUCAGAUCAUUACAGAAUUUAUUGAUGUCCUCUUUGUCCGAUGAUGACGCAGACGACAACGAGUACAUGGAUGCAGACGACAAUUACCAAGGCAACAGUGUACGUCAAACGUCAGAGGAAUUGUAUAAAUAUGCAAAGCGAGGAAUAGGACAAUGUAUUUUUAACUGUUUAAAACGUCCUGGACAAAUGAACUUCAUACAAUGUAAAUCAAUGUGCCACAAAAGAUGAUGGAGGGAACCACGAUAUUCACAGAUGUUUGAAAGCUGCAUUACAAAAUAUUUCAUUUACCUCUGAAAUAUAAUUACAAAACCAUGUCACACUAUCAUUUGAUUGAGAGAUAUAUCAAGCAUUUUGUCUGGUGUUCUCAAUAAAAUCUGUUUCGGACAAA